CUUUCCACCUAUAGAUUCUUCGUAUUCAUAAAUGUUGUAAAAAUCAAAUUGGUUGCACGAAAAUGGCAGAAGAAAUGGAUAUGAGUAAUCCAAACGACGAGGAAGAACAAGAAAGAAAGUUACUCGAAGAGUCGUCUAACGAUGAGGAUAUGGGAUGUGGUGAAAAAAUUGAUGAUGAGGUAAAUUUUGAAAGCGAAUCUGGAGAUGAAUUUGAAAAGUCGAAGGAUGCUAUAGGUAACGACAAUGAAGGUGACAGUGAUGAUAAUGAUGACGAGGAUGCCCAAGAUCAAGCCGCAGAAGCCGAAAUAAAACGUCUCGAAUCUGUUCUUGCUCAAAAUCCUUAUGAUUAUGAAACUCACGUCCAACUUAUUGGCACACUUCAUAAAAUGGGAGAAUUGGAUCGACUAAGAAUCGCCCGAGAAAAUAUGAGCGCUAAAUAUCCUCUUUCACCCGAAAUCUGGCUUUCAUGGCUAAGAGAUGAAAUGAAAGUCGCUGUAACACUAGAACAGAAAAUAUCUAUUACAGAGCUUUGUGAAAGGGCUACUCAUGACUACUUGUCUGUUGAAAUAUGGUUAGAAUACUUACAAUUUAGCAUGGGAUUAGGUACUGAAAAGGAAAUGAUUGAAAAAAUCAGACAUCUUUUUGAACGAGCACUAACUGCAGCUGGACUACAUGUUAUGAAAGGAUCUUUGAUUUGGGAUGUGUUUAGGGAAUUUGAAAAUAUUAGAAUGUUAAUGAUGGAGCCAGAUGACUCUGAACAGAAAGAUCAAGUAAAUCGUAUAGGCAAACUAUAUCGCCGUCAGUUAGCUUGCCCACUUAUUGGUAUGGAGAAAACUUUUGAAGAGUAUGAGAUGUGGCGUAGCACAGAAGGCUCUAAAUGCACAGAAGAUGAAAGUAUAAUAAAGAAUGUGUAUAAAAAAGCUCUGGAACAAUUAGCUAUACGUAAACCUUUUGAAGAAAAGAUAGAAAUUUCCCAAAAUAAAAGUGAACAACUUGAUGCUUAUAAAGCUUAUUUAAUUAAAGAGAAGCAAAUUGGUGAUCCAGGACGUGUCACUAUACUUUAUGAACGUGCCAUAGCAGAUAUAAGUCUGGAGCCAACUUUGUGGAUUGAUUAUACAAAUUAUGUUCAAAAUAAUAUAAAAAUAGAUGAAAUUACUGAGAAACUAUAUAGCAGAGCAGUAAGAAAUGUUCCAUGGUCUGUUCAGAUUUGGCAAAACUGGAUGCGUUUCUAUGAAAAGAAACAAAAAUCAUUGUAUGAGAUGCAAAAGUUAAUUGAAAAUGCACUUGAAGUUGGUUUUUCAACUGCAGAAGAGUAUAAAUGUCUUUGGCUUACAUAUCUUGAGUACUUGCGUCGAAGAAUAGAUGAAGGUUCAAAGGAAAAAGAAAAACAAUUAGAAAUUUUAAGAAGUGCAUUUAAUAGAGCAUGUGAUCAUUUAGCAACUUUUGGUUUUGAUGGAGAUCGCAAUUGCGAUAUUCUUCAAUUUUGGGCCAGAACUGAAGCUAUUUAUGCAAAUAAUAUGGAAAAGGCGCGAUCACUUUGGGCUGAUAUUAUGUCUCAGGGUCUUUCAGAUUUCGCAGCUAGUUGGUUGGAAUAUAUCUCAUUAGAAAAAUGCUAUGGUGAUACAAAGCAUUUAAGAAAGCUUUUCCAAAAAGCUUUAACGUCGGUAAAAGAUUGGCCAGAGAGUAUAACGAAUGCUUGGAUAAAUUUUGAACGUGAUGAAGGAACAUUGGAGCAAAUGGAACAAUGUGAGUUAAAAAUAAAAGAAAAACUUUGUAAAGUUGCAGAAGAAAGGAAUAAGGCACAACAAUUUGAAAAUGUCAAAGAAAACGUUUCUUUGGGUAAAAAAUCAACCAAUAAGAGAAAACUUCAUGAAGGUAGAUGGAAAAAUUUAGAAGCUAAAAGCAAAGUCGCAAAAAUGGAGUCAUCUAAAUCAGCACAAAAAAUAGAUUCCCAUGCAAAUAAAGCCGAAUCAUUCCAUAAAAUUUCCAAUAACACAACAAAAUCGAAAGUAGCACCUCCUCCAGGUUAUGAAGAAGACAAUGAUGAAAAAAUGGAAGAAGAAGCGCAUAAUUUGCCGGAAGUAGAUGACAAUAUUACAAUAUUCGUCAGUAAUUUAGAUUAUGAUACUACAGAGGAAGAAGUUAAAGAAGCUUUAGAAUCAGUUGGUCCUAUUACACUGUUUAAAAUGAUCAAAGAUUAUAAAGGACGUAACAAAGGAUUUUGUUACGUUCAAUUAAGUUGUCCAGAAGCAGUCGAAAAAGCACUUACCCUGGACAGAACGCGAAUAAAAAAUAGGCCAAUGUUUAUUUCACGAUGUGAUCCAAAUAAAACAUCGAGAAAGACAAUUUUCAAAUAUAAGACUGAAUUAGAAAAAAAUAAAUUAUUUGUCAAAGGACUUUCUCCAAAUACAACAAAGGAAACGUUAGAAGAAGUGUUCAAGGUUUUUGGUAAUCUUAAAGAUGUAAGAAUUGUAACUUACCGCAAUGGACAUUCCAAAGGCUUGGCUUACAUAGAAUUUGAAGAUGAACAAAGUACAGCAAAGGCUCUGAUUGAAACUGAUGGAAAAACUAUAGAUAGCAAAGAAAUAAGUGUAGCUAUAAGUCAGCCUCCGCGGCGAAACCGAACCUCUAGCGAAGAUGAAUCGCAUUUGACAAAAUCUCUUGGUGGUACUAUAACCAGUAGAUCAACUUUUGGAAAUCCUAAAACUGUUUUAUCAUUAAUACCUCGAACGGUUUUGAAAAACACAAAAACUGAGGGUGUAUCUGGAAAUGGAGUUGCACAACCAUUGAGUAAUGCCGAUUUCCGAAAUAUGCUUCUUAACAAAAAAUAAAAGAGAAAUAUAUUUACAAGUUUUAU